AGCGUUAGCAUGGCACGCAAGGAUGAUCCCGUAUUCAAUGUGAAAUUCGUGCAGCUGGUGGAAAACCAGGCAUGCCUAUGGAACUAUACACAUCCGGGCUAUAGCAAAAAGGAGGAGGUGCAGAAGGCCUGGCAACAUGUGGCCAAUGAAAUCAAGGAUACAGUGCGUAACUCCCGGGAACGUUGGCGUACCAUACGCAGCAGCUUCCUGCGAUCCUUGAAGGCGGCGCGCACGACAACGGGUCGCGGCAAACGCAAAUAUUAUUUAUCCAAAUAUUUGCAAUUUCUGAUACCCUAUACAAAAUCGCGCGCCUGUCACAAACAGUUGCUGCCCGCCCCAAUCCAAGCCAAUGCGAACGCCAGCACAAAUGCCACGCCCCAAACCAAUGCGAGCACCAACCAUGCUGGCGGCAUGGUCUUGCGCAAGCCGAGCACCUCAACAACGGCGGCAACAUUUCUGGCGGCCGCUGCGCUCAGUACGCAGCCAAUGACGCGCAUUGGACACAUGCGUCUGCUCGAGCAUCAUCAUCAACAUCAUCAUCAUCAUCAUCAUCAGGAGCAGCAUAACGAAGGCGAGGACAACACCAAAGACAGCAUUGACAGCCAGCCGGCGCAUGUGCAGCUCUCCGAAGAGGAGCUGGACCAGGAGGAGCAGGAGGAUGAGCCGGAACAGGAGACAGAUGCCAGCCAGCUGGCGCAGACGCCGCUCCGUCUGCAGGCCAUCAAAGUGGAGCAACAGCAGCAGCAACAAAGUGCUGACAAAAUUGUUGCGGCAGCUGCGCAGCAUUCGCUGGUGACGCUGCCCGUGACGAUGGCUGCGGCGCUGCGCAACAACAUGGACUGGACGGUGGCCGAGUGGCUCAAAGGCAGCCACAGCCAGUUGCAGUUGCAGCAUCUGCACAGCAACAGCAACAACAACAACAGCAACAACAUGUUGACGCAUCUGGGACACGCGGCAACAACGCCGCCAGCUGCAAGCACACCUGCACCAACUGCACCACCUGCCACAGCAGCAGCAGCAGCAGCGACGCCGGCAGCAGCGCAACCGGAUGCGGAUUAUUCGUUUUUGAUCAGCCUGCAUCCGUAUCUGAAGGAGAUGAGCGGCAAGCAGAAUCGUCGAUUUCGUCAAAAAGUUGUCGGACUCAUUGACAAUGUUCUGGACAAUGUGGAUGUUUAGGCGCAGGCCAAGCACAGCACAGCAACAAAAAACAUAAACAAAUAGAAAAAACAACCGACAGUGCCCAUUUGUUAUAUUGAUAUAGCAACUAAAUGUUUAAUUUAGGCGUUUAACGCAAUUAUUGCAUUGUUUUUUGUUAAAGUUACACACACACACACACACACACACACGCACAUUUGUUACAUGUAAAAAGCA